AUUUCCUUCAGACUGUCAUGGCUGCCGCCAGGAAGCUUCAAAUGUAUGCUCUCUCUCCAACUGGGAAACACUCCGCCUCGGUUAUCUUCCUGCACGGUUCAGGUGCUCAAUAGUCUCUCAUACUGUUCAGCGACUAUUCGCUGCUUUCACUGUCCUUCUGUUCAUCUGUGUGUCGUUGUUUUGUUCCGCUGCUGGCACUGUGGGUCGGAUAGCUCAGCACAAAGCACUGAACCUACCCGUUUUAUAACAUCAGCUAACCACAGCUCAUCAACUCACCGUGACACUGGGCAGGGACUGAGAGCCUGGGUUCAAGAUGUUGCAGUGCCAGAUCUGGCCUUCAACCACAUCAGAGUUAUUUACCCCACAGCUCCAGCCAGGCCAUACACACCCAUGAGAGGGUCUCUAUCUACCGUCUGGUUUGACCGUUACAAGAUCUCACGAGACUGCCAGGAGCACCUGGAGUCCAUAGACACCAUGUGUACCACCUUAAGGUCUGUCAUUCAGGAUGAGGUCAACGCUGGGAUCCCCAAACACAGGAUAGUCAUCGGGGGGUUCUCGAUGGGCGGAGCCAUGGCUCUCCACCUGGUGUGUCGGUACCACCCUGACAUAGCGGGAGUCUUUGCACUGUCCAGUUUUCUCAACAAGGACUCUGUUGCUUUUCAGGCAGUGGAGGAGCGCUUCAGAGCUGGACUCCCCCUCCCCGAGUUGUUCCAGUGUCAUGGGACCAGUGAUGACCUGGUGCUGCAUCAGUGGGGAGAGGACACGUCGGUGCUGCUGAAGAAGGCUGGCAUGAACACUACCUUCCACUCCUUACCAGGCUUGCACCACCAGCUCUCCCAGCCUGAGAUGGAGAUGCUGAGAAGCUGGAUCCUCAAAAGGCUUCCCCCCACCACCUCCUCCUGACUCACUCUACCAACGUUUUCUCACAGAAUUAGUGAUUGUGUCAAUAAAAAGCUGUUUUUUAUGUUU